CAAAUUUCGGACGAGAAGAAUACUAGUCAGUAGCGUACUGCUCCCUCUCUCGAUCGGCACCUGCAUGCUGUAUCUAUAUAACGAUGGCCAUAUCUCGCUCGCAGAAGCAAGUAGCAGCUACAUACGUCGUCCUCCAUUAAUAUUGGCAGCAAGCUAGGAUCAUCAGCAUCUGAGCUUAUAUAUUACUACAUCGAUCGGUUGCCAAAUGGCGGGGAUGACAGUCGGCAAUAAGCUGGCGCUGGCUGCGGUGCUGCUGUGCGCGGCGGCGGCCAUGGCCACGGCGCAGCAGGCCUCCGGCGUGCGCGCCACCUACAACUUCUACAACCCGCAGCAGAACAACUGGGACCUCAACGCCGUGAGCGCGUACUGCGCGACGUGGGACGCCAGCAAGCCGCUGUCGUGGCGCAUGAAGUACGGCUGGACGGCCUUCUGCGGGCCCGCCGGCCCCACCGGCCAGGCCGCGUGCGGGCAGUGUCUUCUGGUGACUAACACUGCGACGGGGGCGUCCAUCACGGUGAGGAUCGUGGACCAGUGCAGCAACGGCGGCCUGGACCUGGACUACGACACGGCGUUCAAGCCCAUCGACACCAACGGCCAGGGCUUCCAGGCCGGCCACCUCACAGUCAACUACCAGUUCGUCAACUGCGGCGACAACUGAACUGAUAGAUUAUUCACCUGUGCAUGCACCUAUAUGUACUAGCACCACUAUUCCAAGAGUUAUAUGGAUGUGAUCCCACACGUAAGAGCCAAUAAAACAUAUAUACGCCCAGUGGAAUAAACUGAAUUACCUAAGUACUCUCGACUACUCAUGUAUCUAUGUCUCACGAAAUACUACCUCCGUUGUCCGUUCUCAAA